GCCCGAGGUGGUUUUGUUUUGUUCUGCCUGCCAACAUGGAUGCCGACCUCAUAAAGCUCGUGAACAAGCUCCAGGACACCUUCCAUAACCUUGGAGGGGAGCUGGACAUGCCACAGCUGGCUGUGGUAGGCAGUCAGUCCUCGGGCAAGUCCAGUGUUCUUGAAACUAUCGUCGGCCGCGAUUUUCUACCCCGAGGACAAGGCAUUGUUACGAGACGACCUUUGGUCCUACAACUCAUUCAUACUCCCGCUACCGAGGGCUCUUCAUAUACGGAGUGGGGUCAAUUCUUGCAUAUAGACAAGCGGUUUACGGACUUCGAAGACAUACGAAAGGAGAUUGAGCAGGAGACGUUCCGAGUCGCGGGUCAGAACAAAGGGAUUAGCAAGUUACCCAUCCAUUUACGGAUAUACAGUCCCAAUGUCCUGGACUUAACCCUGGUUGAUCUUCCUGGUUUAACGAAGAUUCCUGUAGGUGAUCAACCGAGCGACAUUGAGAAGCAGAUUCGGAAUCUGGUCUUGGAGUAUAUCUCGAAGCCAAACUGCGUCAUUCUUGCUGUCUCUGCUGCGAAUGUGGAUUUGGCCAAUUCAGAAGCUCUGAAACUCGCGCGUACGGUGGAUCCCCAAGGUCGCCGUACCAUCGGUGUACUCACUAAACUGGACUUGAUGGACGCCGGCACGAACGCGUUGGACGUCCUUACCGGACGCGUCUAUCCUCUGAAAUUGGGCUUCAUAGGAGUGGUCAACCGGAGUCAACAGGAUAUCAAUGAGGGCAAACCCAUGGAAGAUGCGUUAAACAGGGAGACGGAAUUUUUUACGACUCAUCCUGCGUAUAGGAAUAUUGCGCACAAGAAUGGAACGAAGUACCUUGCAAGGACACUAAAUCAGGUCUUAAUGAACCAUAUACGAGACAAGCUACCUGAUAUGAAAGCGCGCUUGAAUACCCUCAUCGGUCAGGCGCAGCAAGAACUCAACUCAUUCGGCGACCCCUCCCUCUUCGGCGACAAAAAUCAGCAAGGAGCACUAAUCCUCCGGCUAAUGACCCAAUUCGCGCGCGAUUUCGUCUCUUCGAUUGAAGGUACCAACCUGAACAUCUCUACUAAAGAGCUCUCAGGAGGCGCACGGAUAUACUACAUUUUCAAUGACGUCUUCGGAACCGCUCUUGCUUCUCUCGAUUCGUCACAAAACCUAGAGACCCAAGAUAUCCGGACCGCCAUAAGGAAUAGUACGGGUCCUCGGCCCAGCCUGUUCGUUCCCGAAGCGGCGUUCGAUCUGUUAGUGAAGCCGCAGAUUAAGUUGCUGGAAGGGCCCGCGCUCCGCUGUGUGGAACUGGUGUACGAGGAACUCGUUAAAAUCUGUCAUAGCUGCACAAGCACGGAGCUCCAACGUUUCCCUCGAUUGCACUCACAGGUCGUGGAUGUUGUCUCCGACCUGCUGCGCGAACGUCUCGGGCCGACGUCUGAGUACACUCAAAGCCUGAUAGACAUCCAGGCCGCAUACAUCAACACAAACCAUCCUGCAUUCGUGCAGGGAUCAGCGGAAGCAGCCAGAAAUGUAGCUAAUGCUCCGCCGAAACAACCUGCGCCUCCUCGGCCGGCUUCUACUGAGCCAGUGAACGGGAACGGGCACGCUGUCGAGGAUGAAGAUGAAUCUGGAGAGGAAGCACCAGGUAGUAUCAACGGCAUUCCAACGUCUCGAGAUGGUCGUUCGGUGUCUUCUACCGUCCAUGACCGGUCACGUACGAGCGCUGCAACUCUCGGGAAAGCAGCGGGGCAAGGAAUCUCGCAACCUAAGCCCUCACAUCACCACACACAUCCGCGACACUCUACACCCGGUCCCCGGUCUACUUCGCCCCAAUCAACGCGGGAGACGUUUUUGAACUAUUUCUUCGGGCAGAAUGGUCCCGGUCCAUUGUCAGGUGCGGCUGCGAGCGCGACGGUCAACGGCUACGAGCGCACCACAGUUGCGACCAGCGGGCCAUCAGGAACGACUAUCGUCUCCACAGGGAAAGAGGUUGGUACUCCAGGAGAGAACCCCAUGCCGACUGGCUUAAUGGCGGGGAGGCGAGAUGCAGCCUUUGACAUGAGAAGCCUGGGAAGGCAUAUCGAAGCUGCCUCUCUUGAUGGAGGAAGCCAGCUAACGAUGCGGGAAGAGAUGGAGACAUCGUUGAUUCGAUCUCUCAUCGCAUCAUACUUCAACAUCGUUCGUCAGAGCAUCCAGGAUUUGGUCCCCAAGGCUAUCAUGCAUUUCCUGGUCAAUCAUACAUCACAGCAAGUUCAAAACCGUCUCGUCGCAUCUUUAUACAAGCCGGAGAUAUUCGGCGACUUGCUCGACGAAGACGAGGCGCUGGUCGCUGAGCGUACCCGUGUGAAGGCACUCUUGGAUGCGUACAGGGACGCAUUCAAGACGCUGUCGGAGGUCAACCUCAAGCCUUCAUGAGAUCGGAUCCAGUAUAGAACAUUGUUUACGCCUGUAAUGCCGCUGUCAUGCCCGUAGCUAGUUCUUGGUAUUUAAUACACAGUACUUAAUCCGCCGCUC